AUGAGGCAAAUAGCGUCCCUUUUGUGGGCUGCAUGUUUUUGGGCAGCGGGGGUUCAGGGUCGCAGUCAGGUCCUACGACGUCCGAGAUCGAACAAGCAUUCCGAAAGUGCUGCUGCUGCAACUGAAGCCAUCAAUCGUCAUCGAGCACUGUUUCACAACAGGCGACGAAAUCCUUACGAUGGUGACAUGAGCAGAAAUCGUAUUCGAGACCGGCUUAACAGUGGACCCGACAAUAUUCGUGGUGGCCGACCUCUUGCCACGAACGCCAUGGGCGGCCGACCUGUGACUGUUACGAUUGUCAUGGGUGAGGCAAUGAGAUUCAGACAAAGGAUGCGAGUCAUGACCACCGACGUAACGUACUACAAUGAAGAUGACUUUUUCAACUACCACGAUGAUCACAUUGAUCACUAUGACGGCUACAGAGGCAAAAGCAGUAAGAGCAAAGGAAGUAAGGGAAGGAGCAAGAGUAAAGCUGGGAAGAGUAAGAGUAGGGCGUCCAAAAGCAGGAAAUUUAAGAAAAAGUAUAUCAUCAUCCGUGAACGACAAACUUUCGAGCCGACUAAGGAACCAACAAAGACGCCCACAGAAACGCCCACUCUUUCGUUGGCUCCUACUACCUCCCGUGCUCCGACCGAUAUGCCAUCAGUGUCUCCAACCAAAGGACCAACCGGGACACCAUCUGUGGGGCUCCCCCCGGUCCCCCCUUCCAACAGUGUCUCCAACAACUUCUCCAACGAAGUCGCCAACAACAGCACCACCAACAAAACCACAAACAACUUCUGCCUAACGACUGGAAACUCCAACAGGCGACGCCAACGCAUGGUCCAACAACUUCUCUCUCUCUUUCUCCGAUCUCCUCCCGACUACAGAGAUACCAACAAGCGUUUCUGUCUCUUCUCCAAGCACUUGCUGCCGACCGUCAGAAGAUUGGCCCAAGGAGCUGGACGUCAAAAGGGCGGAGGUGGCGAAUUUGUAGAUGACAUUUUCUUCGUCGAUUUUACGCUGCCACCACUUUCCAAGUCAUCUAAGUCUAGGUCCAAGUCCAAGUCAAGUAGCAAGGGAAUGAUGAUGAGCAAGGCAAAGGGAGGUCCCAAGGAACUUUCCCCCGAAUCCAGAGACAUUCCAUUUUUCAAUCCAAGGGUAUACACGGGUGGCAGCACUCCACAGGGGCCAGGAAGCGAUGAGUCUCCCAAUGCUGCUCCACUUUUUCCGGGUAGCACUCUCUUCCCUACAUUCGUGGCCGGUGAAGAAGGUGGUGAACCUGCCGCCAAUGGUGAUACUCCAGCUGGAGACACCCCAGCUGUGGAUACUCCGGCGGGAGAUACUCCAGCCGCGGAUACUCCAGCCGCCGAUACUCCAGCCGCCGAUACCCCAGCUGCAGAUACCCCAGCUGCAGAUACUCCUGCCGCAGAUACUCCAGCCGCAGAUACUCCUGCCGCAGAUACUCCAGCUGCAGAAACACCUUUUGGACUGAACCCAAUCCAACAGACAACAACUCAACUCUGA